AGCCCCCAAACCCCUCGCGAUAAACGCCCGAGCGCGACCGCACCCCGCACCGCACCCCCACGCGGCCGAACUCGACAGGACGCCGGCCGCCGCGCUCGUCCCCGAACCCCGCCGCUGGGCGAAAAAACCUCCGCCGAAACAAGGGGGAGAGGAUGGCCGACGAGGCGGCGGCGGGCGACGCGGUGUUCGAGCGGUGCCUGCUCGCGCUCUACCUCAUCAGCCCGCUCACCGUGCUGGCGCUCCGCUUCACCUCCGCGCCGUACGGCAAGCUCUCGCGCCCCGGCUGGGGCCCCGCGCUCCCGGCCCCGCUCGCGUGGUUCCUCAUGGAGAGCCCCACCCUCUGGCUCCCGCCCCUCGUCCUCCUCCGCCCGCCUUCCCCGCCGCUGCUCUCCGCACCGCUCGCGGCGCUCCCCGCCGCGCUCUACGCGCUCCACUACGCCCACCGCACGCUGGUCCACCCGCUCCGCCUCGCCCGCCUGCCCCGCGCCCCGGCCCCCGUGCCCGUCCUCGUCGCCGCCUGUGCCCUCGGCUUCAACAUCCUCAACGCCUACGUGCAGGCCCGCUCCGUCGCGCUCCACGCGGCCCUCCCGGCCUCCGCCUCCGCCCUGGCCCGCUGCGCCGCCGGGCUGGCGCUCUUCGCGUGGGGGAUGCGGACGAACAUCGCCGCGGACAAGGAGCUGCUGCGGCUCAAGGAGGCUGGGGGCGGGUACAAGAUCCCCAGGGGCGGGUGGUUCGACCUCGUCACCUGCCCCAACUACUUCGGCGAGGCCGUCGAGUGGCUCGGCUUCGCCGUGGUGGCGUGGACGCCCGCGGCGUGGGCGUUCUUCCUCUACACCUGCUCCAACCUCGGGCCCAGGGCCAGGGACCACCGCCGCUGGUACCUGCAGAAGUUCGGCAGCGAGUACCCGGCGUCGCGCAAGGCGUUCGUCCCCUACAUCUACUAGGUGCAGUACUGAGCUUUUGUGAAUCAGAGCAAAGAAAAUUGACUAUUCAUGCUGGAUUAUAACCUUCAAACGAGAAUUUUGCUUGGAAGUGAACCUGGAUUGCUGCCACCGCUGUAGGUAGGUUGUAGUGCAAAAACACACGUUCAUCCGGGUAUUUGCUUUUGCAGCCACAAAAUGCUACGAACCUUGUGAACGGUUAAUUCUCUUUUCGGCACCUGAACUUUUCUCUCCCUCUCUUCGCCCUUUUCUCCAUUUCACACACUAUGUAGCUUGGUGCACGCCAGUGGAAUGGCACAAGGAGUAGUGACGGUGGUGAUGGAAGUGAGGCACAGCAACGGGGCCAAUGGAAGGAAGAAGAAAAGAGAUAGACCUGUAUAGACGGGUGAUGGAUCAAUGAUGAAUUGCUAAUUUGGAAGCUCCAUAACCAGCGUUGUGGUAAUACUCUAUUGUCGAUCCUGCAAUUUGUUCAGUAUGUUCAAUUUUGCGAGACACAUUUAGACAGUAUAGGAGUAUCUGCCUUCAUCAUUACUGACGAUUUAGAGGAAUGAUGAUUAGGGGGAAUUGGAGUAUACAUUGAUCUGCCAAUGACUUGAUGGGGUUGGCAGUUCCACUUGGCUCACUACUACUAAUACACAAGCUCACAAAAUCUUGUAAA